GGAACGGUUGCAUUCAUGAGAAGGCAUCUUAAAGAGCGGAACGCGUAGAUAAAUAAAAUGGCCGUUCGACCGUUCUUUUCGGUACGGUCCACUGUGGGUACGGUGUUCGAAGGAAAUUGAAUCGCGAAACGUGGUAUCUCGAGAAUCGUCGUCCAAGUCGGGAGAGCGAGAAAUUAUGGGUGAACGUAUGUGAACGUCGACGGGGCUCGAUUCGAAUCGAAGGCUUGCAACAACGUUCCUAAUUCGUGAUUCGUGGUGGUCGAUUCUUCGUCGCCACUCGCGACAGUGUCUUGUUUCGCUGUUUCGCUGUUGAACACGGCCGAUGCGCUACGAUGCUGUCUAGGCCCUCGUAGAUCUCGACACGAAAAAGCGUUCGCAGCAGUUUCGAUCAUUCCGACAGGCGUUCACCGUCCCAUUUGUUAAAGGAUAGAACGUUCGGAGAGGAAGAACAGAAGUUGGAACGAACGUUGGAUCUCGUUCCGUGUCGUUUCGCAUCGAAGCAAAGACGAAGACGACGAAAACGAUCGUGGUUCGACUCGAGGACGAGCGACUCGGGAAGAGGGAAAGUAACAAUAGUGUGAGGUAGAGUCGGUGAGAGGAUGGCAUCGUCGAUGGUGGCCGUUCCCUCGGGAACGGCGUCUGUCCAAGGCGGUGGUACCGGCGGUGGUAUCGGUCAGAACGAAGAAACGGAGAACGGCGAUGUGUUCGGCGAGAGAAACAUGAAUUCGGUGACUGGUUGCAACGAAACUUCGAGCCCCGGGGACGCACUAGAGGAGCUGAACUGUGGUACGGGCGAGACCGGUGAUCAGGAAUGCGCCAUUUGCCAAAGCAAACUUUGUUCUCCGAGAGUGCUCUCUUGUCUUCACGUGUUUUGCGAGGCUUGUUUGGACAAGCUUCUGAUGGACGAGGCGGGCGACUCCAAAGUCAGCUCCGUCCUCGUCUGUCCUCUCUGUCAACAAGAAACUUCCAUUAGUUCUAAGGGUGCCUCGUCGCUGACGUGCGACUACGUUUUGACCAACAUACUGGACAUGUCCGCGAUCGAGAAUAUGGCUGUUCUCUGUACCUCCUGUAAAGCCAAAGAAAGUGCCGUAGCGCGCUGUUCGGACUGUGCCAACUUCUUGUGUCCGAACUGUAACACAGCGCAUCAGUUCAUGAGAUGUUUCGAGAGCCACAAGGUUGUGGCCUUCGAAGACUUGAAGCAAUCCAACGAAGCUAUACCGAUACACAAACCUAUUUUUUGCGAAUAUCAUCCUGCUGAGAACAUGAAGUUUUAUUGCUACACUUGCCAGGAACCUAUAUGCAACGAGUGUCUGCUCGUCGAACACAAAGCCCCGGACCAUCAGUACGAGAGAAUAAUAGACGCGGAACCACGCCAAAAAGAGGAAUUGAUCAAGUUGAUGAAGGAGAGUAAAGCGAGGAUCGCGGACUGCGAUCAAGUCUCCGCGCAAUUGGACAAUGCGCUCAGCGAGCUUCAAGCGCAACACGAUCAAGCCAAGGAUCUGAUAGUGGAGACGUUUCAAAGUUACAAAGCCGUGCUAGAAAAAUGUCGGGACAACGCCUUGAUGGAGCUCGAAAAGUUACAUUCGAACAGGGAACUGGAGAUAAUGGACACGUUUCAUAGCGUCGAGAAGACCAUGGAGAAGAUCGAGGAUGCGUGUCGGUUCACCUCCAGACUCCUCGAGCACGGUGACGCCGUGGAGAUUCUCGCGCUUCGUCGCAUAGUUGGAACGCAGUUGUUGAACUUGAUAAAGAACACGCCGAAGCCGAACGUCACAUUCUCCAUACAAUUCCAAACGGACUACGAUCAGUUCGAGAAAACAGUGAAGGAAGUGUUCGGGAAAUUUCACACGGAGAGCACGCCACCGAGGAAGCCCACUCCCGAACCAAUCGCGACGAUGCCGUCGACAGCGGCAGCAGUAGGGGUUUCCAACAACCAGCAGGUCGUUCACGCAUCGAUGGGGAGUUGCCCGCGUUCCAUCAGCACGAGAUCCCCCAUUUCUCUUCCCACCUCGAUGCAAUCUUCCUUCGAAGGUGAACCCCCGUUCGUUAUACCUCCAACGUCUAGUCCACAAAAUAUUCCACCGCCGCCCCCUCCCGUCUCCCUCCCGCCAGGUCCCAUCCACGGGCUCACCAGUAUUCAGGAGUACAAUCUGCAGCAGUUGGCCAGUUUGGCAGAGAAGGUCGACAUGGACGCGAACGUGGUCGGGCCUAGUUCGAAUCCCAGUCCGACACCGCCGUUCACGCUGGCGGAUCUGUUUGCCGGCGAUCUAAGCUCGACCAGUCACGCGAUCAAUAAUUUACAAGCCCUCGCGAAAUUGGGAAACACGCUUGGUAAUCAAGAUCUUGGAAACAGCAGCAUCAACGGUGGCAGCGGUCUGGUGCUGGGCAGAGGUCCUUCGCCGGCCAUCGUCGAUUCACCGAACUUGAGUCUAGCCGCCAACAGUUUGUUGAACGGGGGAUUUCAGUCGUUGUCCUCGUCCACCUCGCCGAUACUCUCGCAGGGUGCUGGUGACGAUUUAAGAGGAGAUUCCAUGCAUAACAUGCCCGUAGUGGUAGGGAACACCGUUGGGAGCGUGGCCGGUUCCGGAUCCGGCAAUUACGCUCAUCCGCGUUCGAACAACGCCAAGUUGACUCCUAUGCACAUCAGGUGUAAAUUUGGCCAGUUAGGUCCGAGCAAAGGUCAAUUCAGUUCUCCCCACGGAUUCUGUUUGAGCGCCGACGAGGACAUAAUCGUUGCCGAUACGAAUAAUCACAGGAUACAGAUAUUCGAUAAGACUGGUGUUUUCAAAUUCCAAUUCGGUGUUCCUGGCAAGGAGGAAGGACAACUGUGGUAUCCUAGGAAGGUCGCGGUGAUGAGGAACAGCGGUAAAUUCGUGGUAUGCGAUCGAGGAAACGAGCGUUCCAGGAUGCAGAUAUUCACCAAGAGCGGUCACUUUAUCAAGAAAAUAGCGAUUCGUUACAUCGAUAUCGUAGCAGGCCUAGCCGUGACCAGCGAGGGCCACAUUUUGGCCGUCGACAGCGUGUCACCGACGGUGUUCGUGAUCAGCGACACGGGGGACUUGUUGCGAUGGUUCGAUUGCAGCGAAUACAUGAGGGAACCGAGCGACAUCGCGAUCAGUGGUAAAGAAUACUUCGUUUGCGACUUCAAGGGACAUUGCGUGGUAGUAUUCAACGAGGAGGGCAAGUUCGUGCGUCGCAUCGGCUGUGACAAUGUAACCAACUUCCCGAACGGGAUCGAUAUCAGCGACGCGGGAGAUAUAUUAAUAGGAGACUCGCACGGCAAUCGUUUUCACGUGGCUGUUUUCUCGAGGGACGGUUCCUUGAUAUCCGAAUUCGAAUGUCCGUACGUCAAGGUUUCUCGAUGUUGCGGCCUGAAAAUAACCUCGGAGGGAUAUAUCGUCACUUUGGCUAAAAAUAAUCACCACGUCCUCGUGUUGAACACUCUUUACAUAUCAUGAAGCGAGGAAGCAGACCAAGCAAGUAUGCCGUAACUUUCUUCGGCGAGCGAAACUUUUUCGGUGGGUGUCGUCGCCGCCACCGCUCUCACUCUCGGCCAAAGACGAACAGACCGAACUAGAGAGAAAAGAAGAAAGAUAAUAAAUAAUAAUGAAUCUGCCCGUGGCAUCGAGUCCUUUGAGAUUUGGGCCUACCGAAGCAAUAGAAUUACACGAACGUCUGCAGCAUGCAGCAGCUUUAAUAGUCUACAAAAAAAGGGAAAACAAAAAAAAAAAGAAAAAAACGCGAUAAAGGAAAA